CAUGGCUGCAGCACCUCCCCGGGAGCGCGCUUCAGGACACCGUCGAGCGCGAGCGCGGAGGCAGGGCCAGGGCGGGCCCGCGCUCCCUCGCCAUCCCCGCAGGGAGGAGAUGGUGCAGAUGGGGUUUCACCAGUUGGCCAGGCUGGUCUUGAACUCCCGACCUUGUGAUCUGCCCACUUCGGCCUCCAAAAGAGCUGGGAUUACAGAACUGGUUUCAAAAUAAAAGAGCCAGACCACCACCUAGAGAGAGACGCAGAAUGUUCGCUGCCAGGAAACUGCGUGAUUCCUCUGCCGAAGGCCACCCAUUUACAAGAAUCCAGGAAAAGCAGGAUGAGACCCUUACCAGAAGCCAACCAGCUGCGGCCCAUGGACUGUGGACUUCCCAGCCUCCAGCACUGUAAGAAAUAAAUUUCAUUACAUGGAUGUCUUACAUGAUGAAAAAAAAAAAAAUGCCAGGUGCGGUGGCUCAUGCCUGUAAUCACUGCAGCCCUGACUCUCAGCCUCAAGUGAUCUCACUCCAGCCUCCUGAGUAGCUGGACUACAGGAAUUUUACUUCUGUUGAAAAAAGGGCUAUAAGAUGCAAUUAUAAUAAAUGUAUUUCUGGGAAUGUAGAGAAAUACAUUUAAAAGACUCAGUUCUAGAUCCGGCACGUCAUUGACGUCAUCGUUGCCCGACGGCUUUCUAGGAGACUGGAGUCGAAUGCCGUGAAUCAGCCAUAAUGGCAGCUGAAGAAAUUAAUGAGGACUAUCCAGUAGAAAUUCACGAGUAUUUGUCAGCGUUUGCGAAUUCCAUUGAUGCUGUGGAUGAGAUGCUGAAGAACAUGAUGUCUGUUUCUAGAAAUGAGUUGUUGCAGAAGUUGGACCCACUUGAACAAGCAAAAGUGGAUUUGGUUUCUGCGUAUACAUUAAAUUCAAUGUUUUGGGUUUAUUUGGCAACCCAAGGAGUGAAUCCUAAGGAACAUCUAGUAAAGCAGGAAUUGGAAAGAAUCAGAGUAUAUAUGAACAGAGUCAAGGAAAUAACAGACAAGAAAAAUGCUGGCAAGCUGGACAGAGGUGCAGCUUCAAGAUUUGUAAAAAAUGCCCUCUGGGAACCAAAACUGAAAAAUGUAUCCAAAGUUGCCAAUAAAGGAAAAAGUAAAAGUUAACUUUUUGGAUUUGAUAUACACAUAUUCAAAAAGUACAUCUUUUU